CGCUCCUGUCAGCUUGUCGUCGAAGCCUUCCUAACUUCACACGUUUCAGAAUGGUUCGCCCCACUUGCCUGCUGAUCUGCUGCCUCCUUGGAGCGCUGAUGCUGGUGGUACCUGCAGCUUCCUACCCCAGGUAUUUGAACGACUACUACCGCCCCGACAUCUCGGAAGACCCCGAAGAGAUAAUGGACAUGCUGAACCGCCUCGGAAGCCUCAUCCAACUGCAGCGCCAAAUGGACUCCUACAAAGAUGGUAUUACUAGCGAGAAGCGUGCUCUUGACCUUGGCCUGACCCGUGGUUACUCUGGCGCUCUUCAAGCCAAGCACCUGAUGGGCAUUGCUGCAGCCAACUACGCUGGAGGCCCCGGCAGGAGGCGCCGUGACGCACACUAAACACAUACGCUAAUCACUUCCGUCUUAACUGUUUAGCUGUAAUACAUUCUCUAGGAGGCUUGUCUAGUCACUUGUCAACUUUAAAUUUUUAAUAAUUACAAAA